AGGCUGUGAGCAGCCACAGUGCCCUGCUCAGAAGCCCUGGGCUCGUCAGUCAAGCCGGUUCUCAGUUCGCACUCGGCAGCAGGGGUAGGCGAGUGGCCCCUAGUUCCGGGAGCAGAGCAGCAGCGCCCCAGUCCUGGUCCUCCAGCCCCGAGCCUCGCCUGCCCUCCCAGCGCCAGGAUGGCCACCAUCACCUGCACACGCUUCACGGAAGAGUACCAGCUCUUUGAGGAACUGGGAAAGGGAGCCUUCUCAGUGGUGCGCAGGUGUGUGAAGGUGCUGGCUGGCCAGGAGUAUGCUGCCAAGAUCAUCAACACCAAGAAGCUUUCAGCCAGAGACCAUCAGAAGCUGGAGCGCGAAGCCCGCAUCUGCCGCCUGCUGAAGCACCCCAACAUUGUCCGGCUCCACGACAGCAUCUCUGAGGAGGGCCACCAUUACCUGAUCUUCGACCUGGUCACUGGCGGGGAGCUGUUUGAGGACAUCGUGGCCCGGGAGUAUUACAGCGAGGCGGAUGCCAGUCACUGUAUCCAGCAGAUCCUGGAGGCCGUGUUGCAUUGCCACCAGAUGGGGGUGGUGCACCGGGACCUGAAGCCGGAGAAUCUGUUGCUGGCCUCCAAGCUCAAGGGCGCCGCAGUGAAGCUGGCGGACUUUGGCCUGGCCAUUGAGGUGGAGGGGGAGCAGCAGGCGUGGUUCGGGUUCGCAGGGACACCUGGAUACCUCUCCCCAGAAGUGCUGCGGAAGGACCCUUACGGGAAGCCAGUGGAUCUGUGGGCCUGUGGGGUCAUCCUGUACAUCUUGCUGGUUGGGUACCCCCCGUUCUGGGAUGAAGACCAGCACCGUCUGUACCAACAGAUCAAAGCCGGAGCCUAUGAUUUCCCAUCACCAGAAUGGGAUACCGUCACUCCAGAAGCCAAGGAUCUGAUCAAUAAGAUGCUGACUAUCAACCCGUCCAAACGUAUCACGGCCGCCGAGGCGCUCAAGCACCCAUGGAUCUCGCACCGGUCCACCGUGGCCUCCUGCAUGCACAGACAGGAGACCGUGGACUGCCUGAAGAAGUUCAACGCCAGGAGAAAACUGAAGGGGGCCAUCCUCACCACUAUGCUGGCCACCAGGAACUUCUCUGGAGGGAAGAGUGGAGGAAACAAGAAGAACGAUGGUGUGAAGAAAAGAAAGUCCAGUUCCAGCGUUCAGUUAAUGGAAUCUUCAGAGAGCACCAACACCACCAUUGAAGAUGAAGACACCAAAGUGCGGAAACAGGAAAUUAUAAAAGUGACAGAGCAACUGAUUGAAGCCAUAAGCAAUGGAGAUUUUGAGUCCUACACGAAGAUGUGUGACCCUGGGAUGACGGCAUUUGAACCCGAGGCUCUGGGGAACCUGGUCGAGGGCCUGGACUUCCAUCGAUUCUAUUUUGAAAACCUGUGGUCCCGGAACAGCAAGCCUGUGCACACCACCAUCCUGAAUCCCCACAUCCACCUGAUGGGCGACGAGUCAGCCUGCAUCGCCUACAUCCGCAUCACGCAGUACCUGGACGCGGGCGGCAUCCCCCGCACGGCCCAGUCAGAGGAGACCCGCGUCUGGCACCGCAGGGACGGCAAAUGGCAGAUCGUCCACUUCCACAGAUCUGGGGCACCCUCCGUCUUGCCCCAUUGAAGGAGCAGGCUAGAGAGAUCCACUCUUCAUCCAUGGAAUGUGGCUGCUGGUUCUCUCACUUGGAUUUUGCUGGAAUUCCCCCCAUCACGUCACCCCGUCAUUGUCACCUUCUUUCAUACCUACGUCGAGAAAACCUGUCUGUUGGCAAAAGCCAUCACGACUUCAGAGCAAACGGCCGCCUCUCCCUGCCCCCACGUGCCACUCUGGCUCUCUGUCCCCUGCCAGGGCGGGGCUUCCUCAGGCCUGGGUGCCCUGGGUGCUGGCCCCGAGGACACCCCCACCCGGCUAUCAUUGGCCUGGUCCUGCCUUGGCCGUAAGCCAGAAUGCCCAGCAGUGCGUUCACCCAGGGGCUGGGGAGAAGGAGGGGCAGAGUCAGGAGGAAUGUGGCAUCGCCUGUCCCUCUCGCUCCUCUUCGGGGGCCCCCUGGGGAAGGGCAAGUGGAUCCCCAAUCCCCUGAGCCAGCCUCCCCUGCAGGAGAGGGUGAGAGAGGAGCAGAUGCGAGGAGCCCCCUGCCUCGAACUGCCUCCCUGACUCUUCUCCCGGGCCCGUCCUGCCCUCCUGGUCCCUGACUCCCCCUUCUCCCUCGGCGUGGGGAGCGGGGUCCUCUCAGGGUGCCCCCACUUCCUUCCUUCUGCCUUCUGCUGAUGUUUACCUCCAACAUUAACCGCCCAUUCCGCCCUUCCAUCAGGCCCGGAGAAUUCCAGCUUCGUCAGAUCUAAGGGAGAGAAUCUGAUUGCUUUUUGGGGGCAAAAGAAAGCAACAUUUAGGUAUCACUUCUACUUGGACCGCAUGCCUUUUUAUAGCCAAACUUCUGUGUGUUUCGUAAAUGGAUUUCGCAUUAAUGGAUAUUUCUGUAAUAACUCCACCUCUCCAAUUAUUGUGAGGAGGAUUGGGUUGGACUGGGAAGAGAGGUGGGAAGAGGGAUGAAGGGUAGUUUUUUUCUGUUCUAGGUCUUUUUUUUUUUCUUCUUUUUUUCAUGUCAUCUCUGAGAUGGACUUUGUCACCUGUGGUUAUCUGGGGCCGAGGUGGACUCAGCCCCGGGGGAAGGGCCUCUCUGACAUUUUGGUCCCAAGGAUCCUUUCAGGACUGUAGACGCAUCAGAUGUUAGUGCUGAUAAGAAACAGCAAAUCAGGGCAGAGAGAGUGGGGAGGUUGUUGGGAUGGAAAUAUGUGGACUUCUCUUUGCUUGCCUCCCAAACUGGGGUCCUUACGACCAUGCUUCCCAGGAUUUCAUCUGACCCCAUCUGUGUGCCACCGCAGUGUCCCCCACCCAUCUCUGGGGGGUUCACAGCGUUUGUCUUCAUUGCCUCGCCCCUCGGCAUCUGCUGGUCCAAGCAGAGCACUGGAAUUCCUGCUCUCCACACCUCGUCCUGCAUCCUGGGUUCGCAUCUCUCUCUCUCUUUCUUUUCCUUUCUCUGUCCCUCUUCUCCUGGGAUUGACUCAGAUGUGGAAUGCCUCAGCACAUCCACCAGGACCUACUGUCUGCACUGUUUUCUUUGCAUGACUUUAUAUGCAGUAAGUAUGUUGAAAAAAAAAAAAGAAAAGAAGAAAAAACACUCAGCAAAACCAAUCUACAUGUUUUGGACAAAAAAAAAACCAAUAGAGGUUGUAUUCUCAGUGUCCGACUCGGAAUUAUGUUGCUGCCUCUCUGUGCUUUUGGCCUCUGUGUGGCCGUGUUUUGCCAGCAUGAGAUACUGUCCCCUCUGGAGGAUUUUAGGGGAGGAAAAGCCACAUCCCCAGGGAUUUGGAGGAGCCUCUGGUUCCCCCAAACCUCUGCGAGUCCUGGGUGUUGGGUGGAGCAGGGCUGAUGGGGAUGUUUGAUCCAGGACUUUCUGAGUUUUCCCUGAUCAUGAGCUGUCUGCUGGGCCCUUUUCUCAGCUGCUGCUGCCCCCGGAACAGGUGAGGCAGGCCGGGCGGGGGCUGCAGGCCAGGAACGAGGCUGCCCAGGCCUCCUGGUCUCCAAACUGGUCGAUCACUGGCCUCUAUCCUUGGCAGAGACCCUGCUGCCGAGGCCCUGGGCGGGGACACUUGGUCUGGCCCAGGCCCAAAGGGCUUCCCAGUAAGGCCCAGUGAUCCCAGCAUCCCAGCAGCAAAACCACCUGCCUCCCUUGUGAGCUGCCAGGUCCCCUAACCACCCCUGAGCCAAAGGUGAAAGUGUGUCCUUCACCAGGGGAUGCUGCAAAUACCAAGGCAAAGUCCGUCCCAUCUUUAGCCUCAGUUUCCCCAUCAGUUAAAGGGGUUAAACUUUCCUGCCCAGCCUAUGUUGCAGGACCGAUGGGGAAUCAAGCAGGAUGUUGAGGUGAAGCCAUAUGCACCUGUGAGAACUGACAGAGUUAGUCACCGGCUGGACUCCUGUUCCAUUCUGGGCCUGGCCAGUCCCCACCCCCACCCCGGCCCCGCCUGCCCCUUAUUCCUCUCUUUGGUGCCUGUCAACUGCUUAUCAGCAGUGGGCUGCAGGGGAAAGAGCCUGGUUUGGGGGUUAUUAGGAUUGCAUUCCCAGCUCUAACCAGACUUGCUGUGUGACCUCGGGGAAGUCUCUUCCCCACUCUGGCCCUUGGUUUCUCCGCCAGAGGAAACUGAGGUGAGGGACACCAAGGUCCUGCUUUUCAUGGGCUGACACACCUCCCGUCCACUGUGUCCCUCUCUAAGUGCCAGAGAAGGGGAGGUAGGUCCCUACCCCAAGCUGAGAUGGCCCCACUGUGAAGGCCACGCUUGUGGGUGGGCAGCCAGCUGGUGUGGACCCCAGGGCACCGGCGUGAUUCUGAGACAGCAGGCCGGGGAGACUGGCAGAAACCACCACCCAGAGCCCGCCCCACCAGACAGCCAGACUCUGUGCUCCUCCAAAACAUCCCGUAGAUGCAAAAAAUCCCCACCUAAGACAAGACCUCAGCUCCAGCAUGCAAAUGCGUUUACAGGAAAGUCUGCUCCCGGAGUUGUGCCCACCGUGGCACUAGUCCUCACCCACGGCCUCCUGUCUUCCGUCAAGGGGAGACCCUUUGGGGGGAUGUGUUUGCCAGACUCCCCGUGCUGGUUUCUUUGUUACUAACUGUUUGGGGGUUUGUUUCAGUUCUUUUUUUUUUUUUUUUUUU